ACCAGCGGUUGUACGAGUUACCAGACCCCAAGCUCCCGGUCAAGUAUCCACGGACACCAGGUUACAGGCCGUCAGCAGAGGAAAACCCUUACAAUGCUUGGUGAGAGACAGCUGUCCAUCAAAGAGCCGAAAUUCAAGCCUUCUCCUCACGUGAUAAAACUCCCGAGAGAGUUUGCUACUUGAGGAGACAGCUGAAAUUUAGGCUAUCAGCUAUCAAAAAAAGACAAUUUGUUAAUGUUCCCUGCUUAUGCUUAUUCAAAAAAGUAUCGUUGGUCUUAACAACCUCUUCAUAUUCGUAACUUUGCCUUGAAAUCCCACACUCGCUAAUGACAACCCUCCCCCCCCCCCAAAACUGUCUGUUUAAAUCCCUUAAGCUUUAGUUGAAGUCAGCAUCUACCCGGCCAUUUUCUGUCUUCUUUACUUCUUUUCUCCUUGCUUGCCCAUAGGAGCCAUAACCUUUUAACGUAAAAAGGUGAAAAUCAGCCUGAUUGUUUACACUCGUCUAAUCCCCUCUCUCAUCUGAACUCUCUCUUUCCUUUUUUAAGGGGGGCGGGGAGGGUAGUGUGUUGGUUGUACAAGGGUCUAUAAAUCUUAACGCUGCCGUAGCAACCAGUCGGGUUACCAUCAUGUGGAUAUUUUUCAUCCUCAUCAGCAAUUUUUGGGCUUUGCGUGGGAUUUUGAGGGAGUUACUAGAUACUUUACUUUUGCCGUUCUCCCAUUUGGAUUAAGCACCGCGUGUUUUUGCUUUACCAAGCUUUUUCGCCCUUUAGUUAGGAGAUGGCGGCUGAUGUCCCACAACUGUUUUGUGUAUUUAGAUGACGGGAUUUCAGGUCAGCAUGACUAUGUUUCUGCUCGAGCUGCUAGUCUUAUUCAGCGUUCGGAUUUAGCUUCGUCUGGCUUCAUCCCUAAUGAGUGUAAAUCACAAUGGGAGCCUGUUCAGGUUGGGGAAUGGUUGGGAUUCCUCAUUAACACUAUUCAAUUCAUGUUUCAAAUACCAGAAGCCAAGCUGGCUAAGUUAAAGCGUUCUCUAGAGUCCAUGAUCCUGGAUGGCUACGCAACCUAUCGGGAGUUGGCUCGCCUUGCCGGUUUCAUCAUUUCGCUUUCCCUAGCAGUUGGCCCUAUUGCUCGUCUAUUCACAAGACAGAUGUACUUUUUAUUCAGUCCAGGCCCUCGUGGGAUGUCUCGUUUACCUUUUCCGAGGCCCUAUUGCAAGAGCUUAAGUUUUGGCUUCAGCAUAUCGAUUCUUUUAAUGGGUAUUCUAUUAGGGGUGUCUUUUGUGCCGAGUCUACUAUUUAUACCGAUGCUAGCGAUUUUGCAUUCGCGGCUAUUUAGCCACUCUGGGUGGUGAGCCAGUUCGGGUAUGUUUUCCCGGCUGACGUUGAUUCGAGUUCUACUUACCGCGAGUUGAAAGCGGUAUUCUAUGUUUUGAAGUCAUCGCCCGUCAGUUUGAAGCAUCAGAGAGUGAAAGUUUUGCCUGGUACUUGGAGCAGGCCUUAUCCUCCAAGAUUAUAUGGUUUUCUUGCAUUGUUAUUUAGCGUAGAAACUGCAUUUCAGUCAGCUGGUCAUAUAUAUAUAAUGCGUGAUUCCAAUUUUGCUCCUACCCAAAGGCGAUUGGGAAGGCCCUGGGGACGAGUAACGUCACACAGUGCGUCACGCAACCUCUUUCCCUGUUCUUCGCAGGACACGACUGUGGCUUCUUCUGGUUGUGUCCCUUGCUCAAAGUCCUGGGCCCAGCAUUCAAUUGAAGCCUUAACAGUGUAGAAUCUCGAGGACUUUGUAUUCAAAAUGGCCGAAAGCAGUGUUCACGGUAAGUGAUACAUUUACUGCAUUGACAAACUGCCACAAACGUGCAUGCAACUCUGAACUGUGAAAGAAAGGUUCCAUAUGAAGUGCACUAGAAGUUUAGUCGAUUUUCUCAGUUAGAAAAUAAUCGUUCUUAUGCAUUACAGUUCAAAAUCACGGAGUUACUCAGUAACUAAAGUUACAACAUAGCUCAAGGUUUUUGUACAGUGUCUUUGCCAAUGCUGCUUCGUACGUUUACCAUUUUCACAUGACCACAAUGCACCUUGUUUACACACCUGGCCAGCAAGUAGGCAAGCUCUCUGGGGUGCAAAAAGGAAGGGAAAGCUUACCAUCACGUCUCAGAAUUUGAAUUCCACCUCCAGUGCCCCCUCUAGCACUAUCAGAUUUUGGGCAAGCAAAGCAGAGCCAUUGUGAGCUUGAACUGCAAACAAACAUAGUGAAAGAACGUUGAGAUAACAAGCAAACAAAACCCUGAAAGUAGCACAGAUGAAAAAAGAGGGUAGACAAAAAAGUUCUCAAAUUGUCGGUUCUGUGGUCAAGUCUUUGAGAGUGCCAAGAAAACUUGAGCGAGAUCAGUAUUGGAGAGCUAUAGGAACUUAGUGACUUCGUCCUACCAAGAUCCUGUUUAAGAUCCCACAGGAACCUAGAGGAAGAUAUGGAAUAAAGUGACCUACUAAGAUCCUGUUUAGGAUCUUACAAGCACUUAUAGGAAGCUAUUGACAUAGUCCUACCAAGAUCCACUUUCAUAGGAUCCAACGGGAACCUAUAGCAAGCUAUUGACUUAGUCCUAUCCUACCAAGAUACUGUUUAGGAUCCUACAGGAACCUGUAGGAAGCUAUUGACUUAGUCCUACCAAGAUACUGUUUAGGAUCCUACGGGGACCUAUAGGAAGCUAUUGACUUAGUCCUAUCCCACCCAGAUCCUGUUUAGGAUCCUACAGGAACCCAUAGGAAGCUAUUGACUUAGUUCUACCAAGAUCCUGUUUAGGAUCCUACAGGAACCUAUAGGAAAAAUAUUGACUUUUCCUUCCAAGAUCCUGCUCAGAAUCUUACAGCAACCCAUAGGAAAAAUAAUGACUUCGUCCUUCCAAGAUCCUGCUUAGAAUCUUACAGAAACCUAUAGGAAAAAUAUUGACUUAGUCCUUCCAAGAUCUUGAUUAGAAUCUUACAGAAACCUAUAGGAAGCUAUGGAUUUAGUCCCAAUAAGAUCCCGUUUAGAAUCCCUUAAGCCUGGUUUUCACUAGAGCAUAAGCACAAGCAUAUGUGUAUGCAAGUGAAAACUGGGUCAACAUACAGCAUAAUCACAAGAAAAAAGGACACGUUCGUUCUUCUUGUGGUUGUGCUUAUGGUUAUGUCGUAACUUUGACUAGUGAAAACGGGGUCAACAUAAGCACAUUAGCAUAAGCACAAGGCCGUGGGCCAAUCAUAAUCAUUUAUUGACUAAGAUCCUGUUUAGAAUUCCUUAAGCCAGGUUUUCACUAGAGCAUGAGCAUAAGCACAAGCACAUGUGUAUGCUAGUGAAAACUGGGUCAACAUAAAGCAUAAGAAUAAGCACAAGGCCGUGGACCAAUCAUAGACCACUUUGACCCAGACCUCAUGUGAACAUAGUCAAAAGCAACAUGUUGAAUGAAGCAUCUGCCAUCUUGUUUACGAUCGGGUUGAGGAGAGCUGGUAUCGAAAAUUCAGACAAAUAUGCCAUUCUGCACAUGAGUAUGUCCUUAUGCUUAUGCACUAGUGAAAACAAGGCUUAAGGAACCUAUAGAAAGCUAUUGACUUAGUCAUAACAGGAUCCUGUUUAUUAUUCUACAGGUACCUAUAGGAAGUUAUUGACUUAGUCCUACCAAGAUCCUGUUUAGGAUCCUACACGAACCUAUAGGAAAUUAUUGACUUAUACCUACUAAGAUCCUGUUUAGGAUCGUACAGGAACCUAUAGGAAGCUAUUGACCUAGUCCAACCAAAAUCCUGUUUAGGAUCCCACAGAAACCUAUAGGAAGCUAUUGACCUAGUCCAACUAAGAUCUUGUUUAGGAUCCUACAGGAACCUAUACGAAAUUAUUCACUUAUAACUGCCAUGAACCUGUCUAGGAUCCUACAGGAACCUAUAAGGAAAUUAUUGACUUGGUCCUACCAAACUCCUGUUUAGGUUCCUAUGGGAACCUCUAGGAAGGUAUUGACCUAGUCCAACCAAGAUCUUGUUUAGGAUCCUACAGGAACCUAUAGGAAGCUAUUGACUUUGUCCUACCAAGACACUGUUUAGGAUCCUACAGGAACCUAUAGGAAGCUAUUGACUUAGUCCUACCAAGAUACUGUUUAAGAUCCUACAGGAACCUAUAGGAAGCUAUUGACUUAAUCCUACCAAGAUCCUUUUUAGGAUCCUACAGAAACCUACAGAAAGCUAUUGACUCAGUCCAUCGAAGAUCCUGUUUAGGAUGCCAUUGGAACCUAUAGGAAGCUAUUGACCUAGUCUAACCAAGAUCCUGUUUAGGAUCCUAAAGGAACCUAUAGGAAAUUAUUGACUUAGUCCUACCAAUAUCCUGUUUAGGAUCCUACAGGAACUUGUAGGAAAUUAUUUAGUUAUACCUACCAAGAUCCUGUUUAGGUUCCUACAGGAAUCUAUAGGAAAUUAUUGACUUUUACUUACCAAGAUCCUGUUUAGGAUCCUACCAAGAUCUUGUUUAGGAUAGGUCAAGAGCUUCCUUUAGGAUCCUACAGGAAUCUAUAGGAAGCUAUUGACCUAGUCUAACCAAGAUCCAGUUUAGGAUCUUACAGGAACCUAUAGGGUGCUUUUGCUGUGCAAUCGAUUUGGACUUUCGACUGACCAAGCGCUGGGGCGAGUCAAAAAAUGAUUCAAUACAAUAAAACGCCUGCUCUCAGGCUAUAAUUCACCUAUUUGGAGAAGAAGGAGCACAAUUGUUUAAAAAGUCAGCAGUCGAUCUUAAUCCUGCCUUUUACCCCUAGCCUGCAUUUUAGUCUCAGUCUGCAGUCUGCAUUUUACCCCUGGUCCGCAGUCUGUGUUUUACACUGACUGUAAAAGUUAUUAACUUACCGGUAGUCCAACCAAGAUCUUGUUUAGGAUCCUACAGAAACCUAUAGGAAGCUAUUGACUUAGUCCUAUCCAGAUCCUGUUUAGGAUCCUGUAGGAACCUAUAGAAAAUUAUUGACUUAUACCUACCAAGAUCCUGUUUUGGAUCCUACAGGAACCUAUAGAAAAUUAUUGACUUAGUCCUUCCAAGAUCCUUUUUAGGAUCCUACAGGAACCUAUAGGAAGCUAUUGACUUAGUCCUACCAAGAUCCUGUUUAGGAUCCUACAGGAACCUAUAGGAAAUUAUUGACUUCGUCCAACCAAAAUCCUGUUUAGGUUACUAUGGGAACCUAUAGGAAGCUAUUGACCUAGUCUUACCAAGAUACUGUUUAAGAUCCUACAGGAACCUAUAGGAAGCUAUUGACUUAGUCCAACCAAGAUCCUGUUUAGGAUCCUACAGGAACCUAUAGGAAAUUAUUGACUUAGUCCAACCAAAAUCCUGUUUAGGUUACUAUGGGAACCUAUAGGAAGCUAUUGACUUAUACCUACCAAGAUCCUGUUUCGGAUCCUACAAGAACCUAUAGGAAGGUAUUGACCUAGUUCAACCAAGAUCUUGUUUAGGAUCCUACAGGAACCUAUAGGAAGCUAUUGACCUAGUCCUACCAGGAUCUUGUUUAGGAUCCUACAGGAACCUAUAGGAAGCUAUUGACUUCAACCUACCAAGAUCCUGUUUAGGAUCCUACAGGAACCUAUAGGAAGCUAUUGACUUAGUCCUACCAAGAUCCUGUUUAGGAUCCUAUAAGAACCUAUAGAAAAUUAUUGACUUAUACCUACCAAGAUCCUGUUUUGGAUCCUACAGGAACCUAUAGAAAAUUAUUGACUUAGUCCUUCCAAGAUCCUUUUUAGGAUCCUACAGGAACCUAUAGGAAGCUAUUGACUUAGUCCUACCAAGAUACUGUUUAAGAUCCUACAGGAACCUAUAGGAAGCUAUUGACUUAAUCCUACCAAGAUCCUUUUAGGAUCCUACAGGAACUCAGUCCAUCAAAGAUCCUGUUUAGGAUGCUAUUGGUAUCUAUAGGAAGCUAUUGACCUAGUCUAACCAAGAUCCUGUUUAGGAUUCUACAGGAACCUGUAGGAAAUUAUUGACUUGUGCGUACCAAGUUCCUGUUUAGGAUCCUACAAGUACCUAUAGGAAGCUAUUGACUUAUACCUACCGAGAUCCUGUUUAGGAUCCUCCAGGAACCUAUUAGAAGUUAUUGACUUAGUCCAACCAAAAUCUUGGUUAGGAUCCUACAGCAACCUAUAGAAAGCUAUUGACUUCGUCCUACCAAGAUCCUACAGGAACCUAUAGUAAAUUAUUGACUUAGUCCAACCAAGAUCCUGUUUAGGAUCCUACAGGAACCUAUAGGAAGCUAUUGACUUAUACCUACUGAGAUCCUGUUUAGUAUCCUACAGGAACCUAUAGGAAGCUAUUGACUUAGUCCAACCAAGAUCCUAUUAAUUUAUUUUAGGAUCCUACAGGAACCUAUAGGAAAGUAUUGACUUAGACCUACCGAGAUCCUGUUUAGGAUCCUACAGGAACCUAUAGGAAGCUAUUGACUUAGUUAUUGACUUAAAGCUUAUUGACUUAUUGACUUACAGGAACCUAUAGGAAAUUAUUGACUUAUACCUACCAAGAUCCUGUUUAGGAUCCUACAGGAACGUAUAGGAAAUUAUUGACUUAUACCUACCGAGAUCCUGUUUAGGAUUCUACAGGAACCUAUAGGACAUUAUUGACUUAUACCUACCGAGAUCCUGUUUAGGAUCCUAUAGGAACCUAUAGGAAGCUAUUGACUUAGUCCUACCAAGGUCUUGUUUAGGAUCCUAUAGGAACCUAUAGAAAAUUAUUGACUUAUACCUACCUAGAUCUUUUUUAGGAUCCUACGGGGACCCAUAGGAAGUUAUUGAAUGCCAGCUGCUUUAAAUUUUAUGACGUUUAUUCUAUGUAGUUUAAUUUAAUUGUUGACAAAUUUUUUUGGAGUUGAAUUCUUUUCCCUGUUUUUCACAGAAAAGCUUUACAAAGAGCCUGCAGUUCGUGUACCAAGUCUUCAGCGUCUAUCUAAAAUUGCUCGUGAUCUGGGACUGGACAUGGAAGAACGAGAGCUAAAGGAAUACCGAGGUAGAUUUUUUAAAAAUAGGGAAAUUUUAAGCUCAAGGUUUGUAAAAAGUUUUAAUGAUGUACAAACAAUCCGUGGUAUUUAACAGGGGCUGUUUAAAAGUCUGGGUGUUGUGUACUAUUGUUACAGAGGCUAUUUCCAAGACUCUGGGUGAUACAUACCAGCGGUUGUACGAGUUACCAGACCCCAAGCUCCCGGUCAAGUAUCCACGGACACCAGGUUACAGGCCGUCAGCAGAGGAAAACCCUUACAAUGCUUGGUGAGAGACAGCUGUCCAUCAAAGAGCCGAAAUUCAAGCCUUCUCCUCACGUGAUAAAACUCCCGAGAGAGUUUGCUACUUGAGGAGACAGCUGAAAUUUAGGCUAUCAGCUAUCAAAAAAAGACAAUUUGUUAAUGUUCCCUGCUUAUUCAAAAAAGUAUCGUUAGACUUAACAACCUCUUCUUAUUCGUAACUUUGCCUUGAAAUCCCACACUCGCUAAUGACAACCCUCCCCCCCCCUAAAACUGUCUGUUUAAAUCCCUUAAGCUUUAGUUGAAGUCAGCAUCUACCCGGCCAUUUUCUGUCUUCUUUACCUCUUUUCUCCUUGCUUGCCCAUAGGACCCAUAACCUUUUUACGUAAAAAGGUGAAAAUCAGCCUGAUUGUUUACACUCGUCUAAUCCCCUCUCUCAUCUGAACUCUCUCUUUCCUUUUUUAAGGUUGGCGGGGAGGGUAGUGUGUUGGUUGUACAAGGGUCUAUAAAUCUUAACGCUGCCGUAGCAACUAAUGUUUGACGUUCAGCCUUGCCAAACUCUAAACAAUUAUUUGAUCUUUGGGGUUUUGUGAUAUCCGGAAUAAUCAAGCUUAUUACCGAGCCCUUGGUUAUUCUGCAUAUAACAAACCUGAAUCUUAUACAUUCCCUUGAAGAAAAUAACGAGUGGCACACCGCCGCACGGAACACAGUUUGACAUUGCAUUUAGAAAUCGCGCGUUGGGCUCGCAACCUACAGAUAAGUAAGUCAUCUUCUUGCAGAUGACUAACUAUUAUGCAAGUUGCACUGAUUUUCAAAAUUAACUGUGGGCUUUUAGCCAAUGAGAGGGGAGAUAGCGAGCACAGUGAAUAAUAAUUUUAAUCAUUAAUUGCCGCUAGAUGUUAACAGUGAUGUCCAACGUAAGGUAUUACCCAAACGAACCACAGAUUGUUUGUGGACUAUUUCAAUGAAUUUGCUUUCGUUUGCUCAUGCUUUGGUAUACUUCUUAGUGAUCUUUCAACGUUAGGAGCGAUGAUUUCAAUCACUGUGGUUGAUUGGUUCAAUGGUUAUUGGGCGUUUUACGAGUCAUUGGAUUAAACCUAGGAAAACUUACAUUGCGAGAUAUGGCGAUAAGGUUUUCCCGGGCCUGCACGAAUACUUUCCAGUAAGUGAGAAAGGUGUUAUUCAGUCAGUGACACAGACCGCUCGGAAGAAAAAAUCCAAGUACUCUUUAUAGAAGUGGAACCUAUGACCUUCUGGAUACUAGUCCAGAUACUUUACCACUGAGCUACAGGAGACUCGUUGGAGCUAAGGACCCUACACUAGGUUCAUGUAUACUGCUAGGACUGGAAAGUCAAUGUGUGCUUACGCGUAAUGAUCUAAAUGUGAUGGCGAAUUUUAAAUCCUGGUGAAUACAUGAGAAUGAUGUUUUUUUAGUUAGUGAGACAGGCGGCUCGGAGGAAGAAUGUGAGUACCCCCAAUAGGAGUCAAACCUAUGACCAUUUGGUUACUUGUCCAGUCACGCUCUACCACUCAGAGCUACAGCAGGGGUCUCAGUCGUGGGUGCUAAGGCCACUAAACUAGGUUCAUGUGACAAACAUCCUGCAUACUGCUAGGACUCGAAUGUCAAUAUGUGCUAAAUAUGGGCAUUGCCAGGAAUGUUAUUUCCAGUAAGUGUCGUUUUAAUAUCAGGUACUGGCGCUGUGACAUCAAAGGAGCACCAGGUGGUAAACUGAAAGGCAAGACAGUUGCCAUUAAGGAUAACACGUGUGUAGCAGGUGUACCCAUGAUGAAUGGUUCCCGGAUAUUGGAGGGCUUUGUCCCGGAUAUCGAUGCCACUGUGGUGUCCCGGAUACUGGAUGCUGGUGGACAUAUAGUCGGCAAAGCUGUUUGUGAAAACUUGUGCUGUGAUGCUGGGAGUUUCAAUGCUGCCACGGGGCCAGUGGUGAAUCCACACAAUAAAACAAGGAUGGCUGGAGGUUCGUCCGCUGGAUCGGCUGCUUUGGUGAGUCAAUUAUAUUAAAUGAUAAGCCGACCUGAGAAAAUCUUGGAAAACUUUUCUUAGUUGAGGUCUUUCGCUUGAUUUUUUUCAGACGAUUACAGUAUAUUUAUAUUAGUUAUCAAACUUUCUUUUCCGUUUUCUUAAGGUGGCCGGAGGACAGGUUGACAUGGCAGUCGGUGGGGAUCAAGGAGGCUCAAUAAGGAUGCCUGCUGCCGCGUGUGGUAUUGUGGGAUUGAAACCCACGUACGGACUGGUGCCAUAUACUGGCAUCGUGUCGAUAGAUUUCACAUUGGAUCACGCGGGACCUAUGGCAAGGACUGUUUACGAUACAGCUUUGAUGCUAGAAGUAAGGACAGAGUUAUUUUUUGAAGCCCUCAGAUAAAUCAUCCACAAGAAAAAUUAUUUACAGCUUUUCUUACACCGGCGUCACAGCCAUUUUUACCAUAGGAGGCAUUUAAUUAGACUACGAGCAGUCUGUCUUUGUUCUUUGUGCGUCAAGCGAAACGCUCAAGACACAAAAAUGACCACGCGCGUGACUGAAGGCUCGAGACGGGCUGCCGCGCUCGCGCGCACGUGCACUCUCCUCACUACGAAAUCUGAAGAAACAGGGAGACUACUCUCAAUCUGGGAUUUAAUUUACAUUAAAAGCAACCGUGUCAUAUCAAGGCUAUUCUAUUUUCUAUUCUCUUUAGUAAAAUCGUUUAUGUGGCCGAUCAAUUUCGGUGAAUGUACACUUGCGAAAAUGUUUAUCAAUGUAGUUCAGUUCACUUUCGCAUUUAGUGAUGUUUACUAUUCUAAACACUUUUAUUUACUGCCAUGGUCUUUGAUUGGUUGAUUCUCAGGCUUGUCCGUCCGUAGCAGCCAGUUUGUCGCUUACAGCUCAAACUGGCUGCAGUUCGUGCGAUUUUGCAGUUUUGAAAAUGAUUAGCUCACAGGAACAAAUUAAGUUACUAGUAACUAUGGCUAGUUGCCUUCUGUGAGCGACCUAAAGAAUGAACUUUUGACAGGUUAUGGCGGGGUAUGAUGAAGGACUGGACCCAAGACAGCCACGUGACCUACACGUUCCAGAGUAUACGUCACUGGUACGUAAUUAGUCGUUUUGUAUCAUUACCCUUUUAAUUUUGCAAGUGUAAGAUCUGUUUAUAUUCGCCAUUAGUUAAACUAUGGCUCGUCGGCCUUGAUGCGCGAUUUUUCCUCAAUCACCGGAAAGGAUAUAUGUGGAAUUGACCCUAUUUUUCUCUUUACUUAGCUCGGGGCUUCAAGUGUCCCUAUAUUUCCUAUAUUUUUAAACUUUCCCUGUAUUUCCCUAUUUAGUUUGUAAAUGCCCUAUAAUCCCUAUAACUCCAUCAGAAAAUACAAAUAGACUAAAGUUCAUGAACUUCUGUUGGUGGAAUGUGACAAAGACAGUGAAUUUUUCGGACCAUCCAAGACCAAACUGGUAAUAUGUUUAUUAUUAGUGCAUGUAAGAAUACUUAAUUUGAUGCUGCUGUGAGCAGUGAUUCUUUAUUCAGAUAUUGUUCAGAUCUUAGAAGGAGUAUGUAUGCGGCAACUUUGUGUGCACUCGUUUUUCAAAUGGAAGGGGAUCGAUCAAUAAUUGGUUGCUUUUAAAGUAGCCAGUAGGAAAAUAAGAAUUUCAAUCUGUGAUGAGGUAUCUCUAAUAAUGUGCAAGGUUAAAGCUCAGUCUGACAGAACGACUGUACCAUUCUCUAGGCUAAUGUUGCUCCUUCAAUUGCAACGGAAGACAAAACCAAUGCUGCAAAUGAUAAGGUUCACGUAGAGAACAAGAACUGUGGUCUUGCCUGAUCAGAAAGUGGCACUUUUGAGUAACCGAAUAUUCGCAAGCAAAAGGAAUUACAUAUGAAGACACUGUGCUCCACUCCAAAGAUUCGCCUUAUCCACAAAAAAGUGGAGGGUAUCAGUCGUCAAGUACAAUUCUCCAUACCUGGUUUGUUGAUGUACCUUCGAGUUUAAGCUAUAAUUCCUUCUUUUAAGUUUGGAUCUGUAGAUCACUCUUCAUUAGAAUUCUUCAUCUUGCAAGCGUCUCUAAAACUCUGGGCCCAGCCCAACAAAACAUAGCAGGGAGUCAUUGUUUAAAGGGACAAAGCAACUCUACAUUCAAGCAUUUUGGAGCAAACUAUAGAAACUAAAACCUUUAUCAACGGGUUAUUGAGUUGCAGUAUCAAGGUUAACGCUUCAAAAGUGGUCACAUUCUGUCAGAAACAAAAACCACCAGAAAUCAGUAGGUUUAAAACAAAUGAGCUUCAUGCCCUCUCAAUGUGAGAAAAACUCGACAGCUUGAGCUACCCGCCAGAAAAUAAAAAGGGGCUUAAACAUGACGUUAAAGUUGUACAGGCAUACCAAUUUCACUGUUUCACCUAGAAAGAAUUCUAACGGUUGCAAAACACAAGAACAGCAUUUUCACCGUACUUCUUUAGGGUCAGUGUGUGUAUUAAUCUAGGUACAUUUUUUUGCGUGUUCAAAGUUAGUGACCUUAUUCUCUACUAGUGUUCACAAUGUUGGACUAAAACGUAUUGUGUUCCUAGACUACGAGUAGUCCCCCAUUUUUCCUCAGGGAUAGUAGAGCGAGCGAAACGCGAGCGGGCGUGAAAAUCACCCCACGCGAGAAAAGGCGACACGCGGCGGGGAGAGAAAAGAAUCUCUCUCCCCGCCGCGUGUCGCCUUUUCGCGCGUUGGGUGAUUUUCACGCCCGCUCGCGUUUCGCUCGCUCUACUAUCCCUGAGGAAAAAUGGGGGACUACUCGUAGUCCAUUGUGUUCCUUACCUUCUGCAGAGUUGCAAAACUGGCACUGGAUAAAAUACGCUUUAAAAAAUCCCUAUAUUUUCCCUGUUAUUUUAUCAUUUUCCCUAUAUUGGCCCUAUAGUUUUGAAAAAUUGCCCCUAUAUUAAGCCCUAUAUUUUUGCUUAAGGCCACUUGAAGCCCUGUAAUAGCUUUACAGUGAUUCCCGGCGAAGACAAAGUCAAGAAGAGAACAUCAUGUUUGCUUAAUUUCGCUAUCCUAUGCUUUGCCAUCGGUGGAGAAAUCUUGUGCUAUUAAAGUUUUCACUGAGUUCAAUCGAAAAUCAGAACCAACCAAGUUGACGCUAUCUAUAUAAUAUGUUUUCUAUCAGCUGACAGGGAAGAUAGAAAAUCUAAAGAUAGGAAUCUUGAAAGAAGGGUUUGGUUUAAACAUCUCUGAGCCAGAUGUUGACGAGAUGGUGAAGAAAGCCGCUGGACAACUGAGCAGUAAAUACGGCACAGUCAUCGAGGAAGUUUCAAUCCCAAUGCAUUCAGAUGGUAAGUGGUGUGUGAACUAUUUUACGUUAGAGAUUUCUUUGAGUUAUAAUAAUGAUUAUGUACAAUAUUAAAAUACACGGAAAAGGGCACCGAAGAGGGAAAUUUACCGGUAAUGUCAUUCAUCUUAUAGGAAUAACAGCUGCUUACAAAUUCGAAAUUUUUGUGGGUCCAAAGUGACCUGGCCUUUGAGUCGCAGUGAGGCUUAAGUUUGGCACUUUUUUGCUUAUUUUUAUGUAAAUAGACGUUUGAUAUGAAAAGGAUAUUAAAUACUACUUAUUAUCCGAGAGUGGGGUCAUUGGGGUCAUUACAGAGAAAUCUCAGACCGAGAUUUCCCUGUAAUGACCAAGUCAUUAAGUUAUUUAUCAUAUGGCCUUUUCAUUACGGACCUGAGUAUGCGAUCAAUUAAAACCAGUAACUAGUCAGCGGAUAACUUUAAAAAACACGUCACCUCAAUGAUUUGUACACUUGAGCCCGCGAUACAGUCGGCUGACACUGGUCAGUGGAUAGUCUUUUUGACAGCUGUCAAUUGACCAUAACAUGGAUGUCCAUAGGGAUGUCUACCAUCAAGUUGAACACAGAUUGCAUAUGCCUUGGACACCUAGCUAGUAAUGCCCAGUCAUUACAAGUAAACAGCCAACAAGAGCGUGCGUACUACUGUAGCCAUUUAAUAUAAUAAUGUGAUUUCUUUUCUAAAAUGAGUGUUAAAGGUAGUAUUAAUGCCUUUAAAUAUCUUUUCUUUCGCUUCGCUAAGCUUUAAGAUUGUCCUAUAAUUUCGCUCCACAUGUCAAUCACCCAAUUAGAAGUAAGAGACCAGCACCAAUAGUCAUUCAAAGAGGACAGACGGCAAACUGUUGUUGGUCGAAAUAUUUUCAUCUAUAUGUUUGAACUGUUAGGCUGCGAGAUCACCCGUAACGCGCGAGGGAUAUCGUCAUGCACGCGGGCGGAACGCGAAAGGAGACUUGAUAGCAAGGAACCCCUUUCUGUUAGGCUGCGAGAUCACCCGUAACGCGCGAGUGGCGAAGCAAGGCCGCAAGUAGCAUGUGAGCAACAGAGUUCUCCAUUUGAGGGAUAUCGUCAUGCACGCGGGCGGAACGCGAAAGGAGACUUGAUAGCAAGGAACCCCUUUCAGGUUUGACCCUCGCUCACCCGUUCCCUCGCGACUCGCUUGGCUCGCAAACCGAAAAUUAUAUGGAAAGCUUGCGCGCAGGUUAGGCCACCAACCUCGUCCCUAGAGUUGUAACUUUUCAUGCCUUGCGGCUUUGUCCCCCGCUUGAUAUCUCUGGACACAAACUUCGAUUAAAAAGAGGAGCUUGCUCGCGGUCUUAUCUUGGAAAAAAAGACUCUUUCAAUCUUCUCCUUUCAAAACGCAGAAAAUGCAAUAUUUCAAGGAAUCUCUUUUUCACAUUGCAGCCAGGCAUCUUAUCGUUGGAUUUCGAAUGUUGUUCGAAGGGAGUGGUAAGUAAUUGUUCUUUUCAUCUUAGGGGAUUAAUUCACGGUAGUUAAAAAACCAUUUUGUUUUAUUAGUUUUAGGGAACUUAAGGUUCCGGAGUGGGUCUAAUGACCAUGUAGAAAGGGUGGCCCCAUCUCCAAAGGGGUUUAAAAAAAAAAACAGCGCUCUAAUAAAUGAAUUACCACUCCAUGAUAUAUACACUGGCAAUUAAAUAAAGGCGUUUUUGGCACACUGUUUCUAGGUUUUGGUUCAUAUGGAAAGAUGUACUAUGACACCACUCUUCAAGAGGCUUUUUUUCGAGGCCUGAAAUGCCACUCCAACGACUUGCCAGCAACCGGCAAAAUGGCUAGGCUAACUGCAAAGUAUUUGCACGACGAAUACAACAGCGUUUCCUAUGGAAAAGCGCAGAACCUCGGGCGAGUUCUUUGUAGAGCUUAUGACGAAGCACUCGAGAAGUAUGACGUGUUGAUUUUACCGACAGCUCCGAAGAAGGCUUUAGUCUUCCCAAAGGAGAGUGUCUCGCUGUCAGGUAAGGUUGUUUCUUUUUAUGUUGGAAGUCGCGUAAUUACUGAUCCUGGUAACCAACUCAAUCUCUCCACUCGCACUUAAGAAUUUCACCCACACACAAGAACCACCUUGAACAGCACUACACACAGUGAUUCCAUUUAUAAUAUGGCUGAUUCCGCGAGAGGGCAAGAUGAAACGAAUCCUGUGUUCUAAUAGAGAGAAGAAGUCGUUAAAUCACGUUCCCAUGGUAGCAAAAUUUCUGAAUGACAACAAACCAAAAAUUCACUUAAGAAGUGAAUUCGCACUCUUUCAAACUUAAUCGAUCUUAUUCAGCUUCAUUUAAUUUGUCAAAUGUUGGCGAAAUUUUCUGGGGUUGAAUCCAUAAGGACCGUAUUUAUGUUAAGAAAAAGAAAAGGAAAAUUUUUUUUGUGUUUACCUGCUCCAUAAAGCAAGCGCGUCCUGCAACGAAGGCUAAGAAAUGUAAAAAAAAGCGUGAUGCACGUGCAAAGUUGUUGUUUUGCUAAUAUAAUGUUCUCGUUGCCGUCGCCGUCGUCGUUGCUUAAACUCCCUAUUGUUGUGGUCCAGAAAUAUUGCUACCAUGGUAACAUGACGUCCAACUUUUCCUCUCAAGGUCUUAAAAUUUAAUAAGCGCCCAGGGUGAUUAAUCGAAUAAAUACGGUAUUUCGUUGCUUUUUCCGGCGUUACUCUUUAUGAGGUUGUACAAGGUGCCGAGUUUUUAUGCAUGGAUGAAGUCCUAAUGCGGCGGUAGAAGGUGUAGUGCAGGUCAUAUUCAGUGAAGUAUUUCUAAGAGGUUUUUUGUAAAGUGUAAGUAUUCAAAUGAAAGCUACGGGGAAACGGGCUCUUUGUAAUAAUUUAACACUCAACGUUUGUCUUGUAGAGCUCUUGGAACUAGCAUAUAUCAAUAGCAGAAACACAUGUGCUUGCAACGUGACUGGGCACCCAGCUCUGUCAAUCAACGCAGGAUUUAGCGAGGGUUUACCAGUUGGAAUGAUGAUUGUUGGAAGAAAGUUUGAUGAAGCCACUGUUCUUAAUGUCGCCUAUGCUUAUGAGAAGAUCAGAGAUACCACAAAUUAA